CCCUCUCAGUCUGUUCUGACCUGCAGGGAUGAAAGCUGCACAUUCUGGGGGCUUCCUGGUGCUGCCGUGGCCCGGUGGCGGCGGCAGCUCAGACCCGGCCCUGGGAGAGGAAAGUCAGGGGCGCCUGAUGCUGAGAUGUGGAGCUCUGCUGGGAGUCACGCUGAUUUGCGUGGCGGUGUUGAGGAAGUGGAUUGCAGGUGGAAUUUGUCGCUGCUCGGUUCAUCUGGAUGGGAAAACAGUUGUGAUCACCGGAGCAAACACUGGCAUCGGCAAAGAGACGAGCAGAGAUCUGGCACGCCGAGGAGCCCGGGUGGUGAUGGCGUGCAGGGACCUGACCCGGGCAGAACGGGCGGCUGAGGAAAUCCGCCGGUCGACAGGAAAUGGUAACGUGGUGAUCAGACACCUGGACCUCGCUUCCACUUACUCCGUUAGACAGUUUGCUAAAGACUUCCUGGACAGCGAAGAAAGGCUGGACAUCCUCAUCAACAACGCAGGAGUGAUGAUGUGUCCAAAACAGCUGACAGAGGACAACUUUGAGACACAGCUGGCGGUCAACCAUCUGGGUCACUUCCUACUCACCAAUCUGCUGCUGCCGAAGCUGAAGAGCUCCUCCCCCAGCCGUGUGGUCAACGUGUCCUCCGUUGCCCACCAUGGAGGUCAUAUUGACUUUGACGAUCUGUUCUUCAGCCAGAGGCCAUACAGCGCUCUGGAGAGCUACAGACAGAGCAAACUGGCUAACAUCCUCUUCUCCAGAGAGCUGGCCCGACGUCUCUCAGGCUCUGGUGUGUCGUCGUUCUCUCUUCACCCAGGCGUGAUCCGGACCGAGCUGGGUCGCCAUGUGGAGGGUUGGUUCCCCCUGCUCGGGCUGCUGCUGAAGCUCCCAUCCCUGCUCCUCAUGAAGACUCCGUGGGAGGGCUGCCAGACCAGCCUGUACUGCGCUGUGACGCCGGGCCUGGAGGAACUGUCUGGAUGCUACUUCAGCGACUGUGCAGAGAAAGAAACUGCUCCAGAGGGACAGGAUGAUGUGGCGGCAAGAAAACUGUGGGAGGUGAGCACACGACUGGUCGGACUGAAGAACACCUGCUGACCUUUAACCUCUGACACGCGAAGCAAUGGAGCUGCAGACUGCGGCCAAAUGAGGACAGAAACAAACAGACUUACCUCUUGUAGAGACAAAUGAAGCUCUGUGUUGUUGCCCCGUUUGAGUCCCAGAUGUUCCAGCUGCUGAUAUUUCUCCUGUCCUCCAGAACCUGGACUCUCAUGUGCAACAUAAACCUCCUGUAGAGAUCACGUGUCCCCUGGCUGUUCCCUAAAUAUUUCCUGACUUUUCCUUUGGUUUUUCUCCAUUAUAUGUUUAUUAUUCCAUCACGGAUCUUCAUGCUUUCCUCUUUUGAUGCUUUCGCUGACUUCCUGUGUCCUCCUCUUUACUGGUUGGUGAUGUGUGGAGUUCAGCUGUGCGGACGUGAAGCUUUGGGUUUUAUUAAAGACAGUUUGACUGUUUUUAUACUCUGUGUGUGUUUAAUAGAUUCAAUAAUAAUAAAUCCAGAAUGAAGCUCAUCUCUCA